AUGGGAGGAGGCGGGGACGGGGAGGGAGACGGAGGGGAGGAGAGGCGGAACGGAGGACGAGGAGAGCAGAGGAGGGGAAGAGAGAGAAGAGAGAGGCACAGGGGACAAGGAGAAGAAGGAGAGAGGCACAGGGGGACAAGGAGAAGAAGGGCGAAACAGACGCAGAGACAGAGAGGCCGAAGACGCCCCCGCAAGCACAGGGGAGACGAGGAACCGGGAGCGGGGCCCGGAAGGAAGAAAAGCGAGGGCCAGGCAGAGCGGGGGGGAAGAGAGCAGCAAGGGGAGCCGGGGGGAGAGGAAGGGGACGGGGAGAGCGCCCGAAGCGACGCGAGCACGAACAAAAGGAGAAGCAAGCGCCACAGGCGGGGGGCGCGCAGGAAAGAGGGGAGGGGCACGCAGAGAGGGAGCGCCGAGAGGAGCACACCAGAAGGGGGGAAGGGAAAGACCCGGAAGCGGGAGCGCACGCAAGAAGGACAGAAGCCAGAGAACCGCAGCACAAACAGCGGCAAGAGCGGGGGAGGCAGCCGCAGGGGAGGACCGGGCAACAGGGCGCGGGGCGGGCAAACCCAGGAGAGAAGAGGACGCCCCAAGAAAACAGCAAAACCACGCGGGGAGGGCGAGCGGCAGGACAACCAGCCCAAGCAGAAGCAGAGAAAGCAGGAAGGGCGCGAGAGGAGCACCGGCGGAGGCGGAAACCAGGAGCAACGGGGCCCGGAACAGACCGGAGGACCCGGGGGAGCGGCGCCCAGGGGGAGAGGGGGGGGCAGGCAGAGGCGGGCAGAACGGAGGAACGGCAAAGGAGAGGGCAGGGCGGGGGACAGGGAGAGAGGGCAGGGCGCCAGCGAGACGCCGGGACGGGGGGGAGCAGCAGAGAGAGCGGAAGGGAAGGGGACAGGGGGCGAGACAGAGAGAGGGGGAGAAAGGGGGGGCAGGCAGACAGGCCAGCCCGGGGGAAAAGAGCAGGCAGAGACCGGGGGGAGAGAAAAGAAGCCCAGGGGCACGCGGAACGGGGGCAAGACCCAGAAAAAAAGGGGGGCACCAAGAGCGCGGAGGGGAAGGGAGCAGACAGGGGGGACAAGAGCGGAGACAGAAGACCCGGAGCACGGCCCAGGACAAGAAGGGCAGCCACGGACACCAAGAGAGAAACCAAAGCAGAGGCGGGAGAGGAAGAGAACAGAGAGACAGCGGGCGGGGAGGCGGGAAAGCCAACCGAGAGGAAGAACGGAGGGAGGCGAGGAAACCAAGCGCGGGGAGCGGGGGGAACCCAGACAGAGAGCGGGGAACAAACAAACAGGAGGCGGGAAGGGAGCAGCAAGAGAACCAGGGGGGGCGGCAGAGAAACGGGGGCAGCCAGAGGACCAGGCAGAAAAGCAGGAGGAACAGCGAGCGGGGGGAGAGACCACCCAGAGGAGAAAGCGAGAGAGAGAAGGAGGCGGACAGGCGGAGGCGGACCACGGGACGAAAAGGGGCGAAGAAGGCCGGACCGGGAACCGGAGGAAAACCGGGCGCAACCAGCCGGGCGGGAGGCCGGGCAAGAGCACCAGCAGCCGGGCGCGGCGGACGAAACACCCAGGGACAGCCAAGAAGAGGCAGACCGGCAGGGGGGGGAACGAGAGACCAGGGGGGGGGAGGCAGGAGAGCAGGGAAGGCGGGGGCCAGGGCGGCACGCCACGCAGGAGAGGGGACAGCGGGAGAGGAACAGGGGGGGGCCGGGGGAGGCACGGGAGCGGCGAGAGCAAAAAGAGGAGCAGCGGCGGGGCGGCGAGGGGCCAGAGAGGGAGGACGGACAGGGGGCCGGAGGGACCGCCCACGGGGACGGCCGCGCCGGCGAGCAACAGGCGCCACAGGAGCACCCGACGAGGCAGCCGGGCCAGGAGCCACGGCGGGGGCGAAGGAAGCAGGGAGCGGCGGGGCGGGCAGCGCAGCAGGGGACACGGCAGGAAGAGGGGGGCGGGGACGGAGAACAGAGGCCGCCCAAGGGCCAGAAAACGGAGGAGAGAGAGCCGGCAAAGAAGGGGAGGAGCAAAGGGGAAAACGGCGGCAGCAAAGCGGACAGGCCGGCAGGGGGAAAGCGGAGGAGGAGGGAAGGCCAGGCAGCGGGACCCCCGAAAGGACGCAGGAGAACCGAGGAAGACACAGGGAGAAGACCGGGAGGACAGCGGAGGACGAGGAGAGGGGCGAAGAGGAGGGGAGCAGAAACACCCAAAGACACGAAGAAAAAGAGAGGAAGGAGGGGAGGGAGGGAACAGGAGAGGAGGACGGGAGGGAGGGAAGACAGAAGAGGGCAGGCGGGGAAGGAAAGAGACAGCAGGCGCAAAGGCAAAAGCCCAAAAGGGCAAAGGAACAGAGGCAGGAGCGAGAAGAGCCAGACCAGGGGCAACAAGGGGACGAGGGGGGCGGGCAACACGACCAGGCGGGGCAGGGGGAGAGGCACAGGAGGGGCGAGGGGGAAGGCCGAAGGGAACAAACAAAGAAGGCAACGGGGGGACGCAGCACCGAAAGCAGACGGAAGGGCCGGGAGGGGGCAAGGAAAGGACCGGGCAACAAGAGGACGAAAGGGAGCAAAGAGGACAGAAAGAGCAGACGGGAAGGGCAGAGGAAAGAACCAGGGAGAACGGGAAGAGGCAGCCACAAAGAGCACAAAAGAACGGAAGCCAGAAGGAGAGAAAGGGGGCGCAGGACCCCAAAGGGCGGGGGAAAGAAGAGCGAGGACGGGAGAACGAGAGGAAGCAACACGGGGGAGGGGAAAACGGGCAGAGGGGCCGAAGGGACACGCAGGGCAGAAAGAAGGAGGACAACGAAGAGGAGCACGAGACCCACGAACCAAACAAGAACGAAGGAGAGGGCGAAGAACACGGGGAGGAGGAGGACCGAGACGAGGGGGCCAAGGGGAAGCCGAGGCACGAGCGGAAAGAAACGCGGACGGAGACGAACGAGGGAAGGAAAGGGGGGAGAGGCCCCCCGAACGAGGGCCCCGAAGAAGGAGGGCCGGGGGAGGGAGAGCGGGACAACAAAAAAGGAGGGGGGAAACGCAAAAAAGACGGGAGGAGCGGAGGCAAACGGCGGAACAGAGAAGAAAGAAGGAGACAAACGCGGAACGGGAAGGAGAGCAGACAAGGGAAAGGAGCGAGAAGGGGGAGGAAAAGAGGCAGGGCCAACAGGACGAAGAGAGAAACCCAGACCGGCACCGACACGGAAAGGGGCAGGACCAGGGGACGGCGCCGAGGGAGAAAGGGCAGCGAGGGGCGGAGGGGCAGGAGGGGGGCGCCAGGGGCCGGAACCCAAGGAGGAGAAGGGGACGAGGGGGAGCAACGAAACCAGGCGGAAACACCAAAGGAGCCGGAGAACCCGGAGCCCCGGAAGAGCGCCGAAAACAGGGGACGCCCGGGGGACCGAAACGGGGGCAAAGGGGACACGGAGCAGGAGAGCGCCAAAAACAAGGGGCGCCCGGGGGACCAAAACGGGGACAAAGGGGACACGGAGCAGCAGAGCGCCAAAAACAAGGGGCGCCCGGGGGACCAAAACGGGGACAAAGGGGACACGGAGCAGCAGAGCGCCAAAAACAAGGGACGCCGGGGGGCCGAAACCGGGACAGAGGGGACACGGAGCAGCGAAGCCACGGGGCGGACCGCCACGGGAAGGAAGGGGGCCAGCGCAGCGCGGCAGCGGCGGAAGGGGAGGAAGCACAAAACCCGAGCGAACGGAGACCAGAGGAGAACGGAGGGGAGGAGAGGGGCGGAACGGAAGGACAAGGAGAGCAGAGGAGGGGAAGAGAGAGAAGAGAGAG